CAUCUUUAAUACCAACUUUUUAACCCUUUUACAUCACUUGAACAGAUAAGAGGUUCAAAGAAUACUGUAGUGGAAUUGAGGCAUGCGUGUCUAGCUUUGAAUUCACUAUACGUCUUUUUCAUUUCAAGAAUUCCAUGGUGACCAUGAAACUACUAGUCCUAGUGAUGUGCCUGAUUGGACUUUGUUCUUCCAUUCCUGUGUCUGAGGAACAUGAUCGAGAGGAGCGCUCAGCUAGUGAUGAGAUGUUCAGGGGUAAUGGGCGUGGUUUGGGAGGGUUUUACCGCUAUCAGCCGCCACAGUACCCAUCAUACUUCCCUUAUGCCCAGCCUCCCCAAAGUAACUCCGCCCUGAUGGCCCUCCUGCCCUUCCUAUUGGCCAGACUCGCUGCCACUCCUGCCGCAACUCCUGCUGCAGCUCCCGCCCCCGCCCCAGCUCCUGCCGCAGCCACACCAGCCCCAGCAGCGGGUGGAAAAUGAGAUGGGCGACGCCAGAGGAACCAGAGAGAACUCUGACUCCCAUGUCUCCACCUUGUUUAUUUCAAAUAUGUUGAUAUUAGCUGCUGUUCAAAGCUGAUUAUUCCAUUAUCAAUAAAUGAAUUAAGUUUUAAGAUCC